GGAAAAUUAAUUCUAUGAUGCUGCUGUAAAACAACGUCUAAUUGGGCCGAUCCAAAGGCGGCGAUAACAAGUCUGAGAGGUUCUGAACCAGGAAAGUUGCCUCAUUCUACAGAAAGACUUGAAAGGUACAGAGCAGACUGUUGAGCCACGCCCCUCCAUAGUCAGAGCCUAUAAAUUCUGAUGCUCCGUUCCUCAGGAGCCCUCACAAGAUGGGUGCCACAGUGAUCUUCAUUUGGAUGUUCCUGACAAUUUCUGGAGCUCUGCAGACUACCACAGGAAGCACUCGGUUUCCUCCAGUGACAACCACACCAAGUGGGCUGGCAUUGAGACUGGUCAAUUCAUUGAGCAGAUGUGAAGGUCGUGUUGAAGUCUAUUACGCAGGAUCCUGGGGGACAGUGUGUGAUGAUUCUUGGGAUCUCAAUGAUGCAAAUGUUGUGUGCAGGCAGCUUGAAUGUGGAUAUGGUGUUGCAGCAAAGACCAAUGCCUAUUAUGGUGAAGGCUCAGGAAAUAUUGUUCUGGAUGACGUGAGUUGCAUAGGAUCGGAAUACAGUCUAUGGGACUGUCCUCAUUCAGGAUGGCUCUCUCAUAACUGUGGUCAUUCUGAAGAUGCCGGUGUCAUCUGCUCAGUUCAAAGAAUGGCUGAUGUUCAAACAAUGGGUGAUGAUCUGGUGCUAGAACUUGCAAAUGGGCCAAACCGCUGUGCAGGUCGUGUUGAAAUCCUUCACUUUGAAGACUGGGUAAAAGUUUGCGGUGAUUUGUGGGACAUGAACGAUGCACGAGUUGUGUGCAGGCAACUGGACUGUGGUGAGCCUGUUGCUGCUCUGAGAAAUAGCUAUUUUGGUGAAGGUUCGAUAGAUCCUUGGAUGACUAAAGUGAGCUGUACUGGCUCUGAAGACAUGUUGUGGUCUUGCCCUUAUGAAUAUGCACACUAUUCAUGUGGUGUUUAUGGAGAUGCUAGCGUCAUAUGUGCAGGUUCUGGACUAACAGCGCCUCCAGAAACAGAGAGCACUACACCCACUUAUGAAACUACUACAAGCAUUCCUGAGAUCACUACAACUACGACACCAGAGCCAACCACCACUUUUCAAACAAUGGGUGAUGAGAGCACUACACCAACUUAUGAAACUACUACAACCAUUCCUGAGACCAUUCCAACUAUGACGCCAGAGCCAACCACAACUUUUCAAACAAUGGGUGAUGAGAGCACUACACCCACUUAUGAAACUAGUACAACCAUUCCUGACACCAAUACAACUACGAUGCCAGAGCCAGCCAUCUAUUUUGAUACUGUGGGUGAUGAUUCUGGAAUGACCCCACCUACAGAAACAGCAAGCACUCUGUUUCCUCCAGUGAGAACCACACCAAAUGGGCUGGCAUUGAGACUGGUCAAUUCAUUGAGCAGAUGUGAAGGUCGUGUUGAAGUCUAUUACGCUGGAUCCUGGGGGACAGUGUGUGAUGAUUCUUGGGAUUUCAAUGAUGCAAAUGUUGUGUGCCAGCAGCUUGGAUGUGGAUAUGGUGUUGCAGCAAAGACCAAUGCCUAUUAUGGUCAAGGCUCAGGAAAUAUUGUCCUGGAUAAUGUGAGUUGCAGAGGAUCGGAAUACAGUCUAUGGGACUGUCCUCAUUCAGGAUGGCUCUCUCAUAACUGUGGUCAUUCUGAAGAUGCUGGAGUCAUCUGCUCAGCUGCUGCUGGAUAUCCAACUUCUCCAUCAACGGGAACAAUGGGAUACACUUCACCAUGGCCCUGGUACACAACAACUGCAGCUGCUGCACAUACAAGAUCUCCAUCAACAGCAAGCACUCCAGUGAGAACCACGCCAAGUGGGCUGGCAUUGAGACUGGUCAAUUCAUUGAGCAGAUGUGAAGGUCGUGUUGAAGUCUAUUAUGCAGGAUCCUGGGGGACAGUGUGUGAUGAUUCUUGGGAUCUCAAUGAUGCAAAUGUUGUGUGCCGGCAGCUUGAAUGUGGAUAUGGUGUUGCAGCAAAGAGCGGUGCCUAUUACGGUCAAGGAACAGGAAAUAUUGUUCUGGAUGGUGUGCAUUGCAGAGGAUCGGAAUACAGUCUAUGGGACUGUCCUCAUUCAGGAUGGCUCUCUCAUAACUGUGGUCAUUCUGAAGAUGCUGGUGUCAUCUGCUCAGCAGCUGCUGGAUAUACAACAUCUCCAUCAACAGGAACACCAGGAUCCACUCCAUCAUGGCCCUGGUACACAACAACUCGAGCACCGGGAUACACUCCAUCAUGGCCCUGGUACACAACCACUGCAAAAUAUACUUGUGGUGGUGUCCUUCAGUAUUCAUCUGGGACAUUUCAAAGCCCGUUCUAUCCAAACAAUGCAGAUUGUGUGUGGGAAAUAGAAGCAGUGAGCAAUUACCGUAUAACACUUUCAUUUAGAGAUAUCUCGACAGAAGGUGGUAGAUGCCAGCAUGAUUAUAUUGAGAUAUAUGAUGGGCCACUCUAUACCUCUCCUUUACUGGGGAAAAUUUGUUAUGGUUCCUAUCUCACAUAUACAUCGUCCUCAAACUUGAUGACAGUUCGAUUUCACAGUGACUCGAGUAUAACAAACAGAGGGUUUCGUGCUGACUAUUACAACAUUCCAGCAGAUCAGAAUACUGUUCUUCUGUGCUUGCCAGAAUACAUGCAUGCAGUUGUUAAGAGAGCCUAUCUCCUCUCACAAGGCUACACUGCAGAGAAUGUCAGAUUGAAUGACCCUUAUUGUAAACCAAAGAUUACAACAAACGAUAUUAUAUUCAACAUCCCAUAUAAUGGCUGUGGAACAAGACGAGAGGGAAACAGCAAUACUAUCAUGUAUUCCAACUUGAUCAAAGCAACCUCUUCUGGUUACAUAAUCAAAAGGGAAAAAGAUCUUCACUUGCAUGUCAACUGCAAAAUGCUCCAAAACACAUGGAAAGAAAUCAUGUAUGUUGCUCAGGAUGUGGCUGAGGAUGUUACUGAGGUCAAUGAAACGCAGUACAGCAGAUAUGACGUGAACAUUUCAUUCUACGAAUCACCAUCCUUCUCACGGCCAGUGUAUGACUCUCCAUACUACGUGAGAUUGAACCAGAAUUUAUUCCUUCAAGCUUCAAUUCACAGCUCUGACCCAAAUCUGGCGUUGUUUUUGGACACAUGUGUGGCAUCACCUAAUCCCAGUAGUGUUACAUCCACAACCUAUGAUAUUAUCAGGAAUGGAUGUGCUAGAGAUCCUACCUACGGUACAUACUAUUCACCCUACAGCUCCACCAUACGCUUCAAAUUUAAUGCCUUCAAGUUUGUUAAUCAAUAUUCAUCAGUUUACCUGCAGUUUAAAAUGGUGGUGUGCCGGGUAUAUGAUUAUUCUUCCCGAUGCUACCAGGGCUGCAUACCCAGGUCCAAGCGAGAUACAAGCUCUUACCAAGAAAAAGUGGAUGUUGUUGUUGGGCCAAUUGAGCUUUGGAAAGAAGGCACUGAGAACAGGAAUGCUGAGCUGGACUAUUCUGAACAUCAGGAAGAUGUGGAUUCCCGUGGUUCACUUACCACUACUGCUGGUCAUUCCCAGGCUCCAUUUAUUGUUACGACUGUGGUGCUUGCAGCUGUUAUUUUCACUCUUGUUGGCUUUCUUUUGAAAAGUAAACAGAAGAGACCGAUUCCAUAUGAGAUAAUGUGAGACGCUAAAGACACCAGCAUCUGGCAGACAAUGAUAUCUCAGGGCAUUUAUGUAAUUAUUCUGUUUCUAGCCUUUGCACUCAAUAACUUUUAUGUGACCAUUUGCGCUUCAAAGAGAAAGUAUGGCAAACACUGUAAUGAGGCUACACUCUGAGUUCUGGUAAAUUCAGGCUAGAGAUUGGCCUGAGGUUAAUACCCCACAUCCAAAUAACAUGGAAAGCUAGGAAAAGUUUGAAUCCAGAUCCCAAUUCUGUAACCAGCUGCCAUUUCCAGUAAUGGACUGAACCCAAGCCCAAUAUUUGACCUACCAGUUCCCUCCUCUCAAUCUAGAGCCAGACUUUGCACCUCAGGAUCUCUAAUUAGAUCUCUAAUCUAGAUAGACCAAAAAUACUAUCUAGUUUUCAUGGUAUUCUGCAGUGAGAUUCAACAGAGCAACUCUUGUAAUAUAAUGAAUGUGUAUUCAGGAAGAAUGGUCCAGAGGUUAGAGCACUAACCUGGGGUGUGAGUUACUGUUUCACCAUAAACAACUUGUGUGAUCCCGGGUCAGUCACUUAAUCUCUCUGGGCCUUAGUUCCCCAUCUGUAAAAUGGGGAUAACAGCACUUCCCUAUCACACAGGGGUGUUGUAAGGAUAGCUACAAAUAAGAUUGUGAGGUGCUCAGAUAUUACCAUGAAGGGAGAUAUAGAAGUACCUAAGAUCGAUAGUACUUUGAUUUGACAACUUUAUUCAUAAAAAGGGCAAUCUGAUUUUGGUUUUUAUGUUUUAUGCAUACCUAGUAUAUCUUUUAUGCAUACCUGGCACAUUUCAGUCACUGCUGAUCAUCAAGAUAUUUGGGUGUUAGUGCAAUUUUUCUCCUUCAUAAUCCUCUUUUCACUUCCUUUCAAAACCAGUGUAUCUAACACCUCAAAUAUUCUGACAUGGAAAUUGUGGUGAAGAGAUGGGGGUAAAAUCUACAUGUGGCAACACCAAAUGAUCCAAGGUGGUUAUAUAGAAGAAAGUAUUUUUAUUUACUAAUCAGCCAUGCCUGGAAAAAAACACAGAAAACAUACACCCAAUUACAUAUGGACUUGCUAAAACACCCUGUUUCAGAUUAUCUUGAACGUUGCUCUUUAAGGUUUAAUUUCUCUUUGAGACAAAUGUAAUAGAUUGUGCUAAUUUGUAAAAUGGGAUGAUUUCCAGUCUAAAUGAAUUUCAUAUGUAAACUUAGCAAUUUACAAUCAGAACUGGAAGUGUUUACAAAGCAAUAUUUCUACUGGUGUGCUUGCAGAUAAAAUGUCUAUGCAUCUGAGUUCUGAACUAAUGCUUUGUGAUAUGAAGAAUAUGAUCUGUCAUAAAGAAACUUUGCCAAACAUCAAUUUGUGCUUUUGUUCCCAAAACAGGGAUGGUAAAAUCAGUAAGUACAUUUAAACAGGCUUUGAUAAGGAAAUGAGAUAUUUCUGCUUUUAUCCAGUAUAAAAAAUGAUGGAGAAUCGGGGUUUAAGAAGUCAGCUAUUUGAAUGGGAUGGGUCACUGAUGUUUGAUUCAGACAUUUUCUCUCUCCAAAUUUUUCUGUUUUUCUAAAACAGAAACUAAAUGUCAAGAUUGCAGUGGGGAACAGCGGGGACUACAAAGCAGCCAAUUGCAGCUCCCUGAUCCUGAGGCUCACCCUAUGCCAGCAGACGAUGGUCCCUAAAGAGCCAUCCCUGGGUCAAGGAUCACUGGAGCAUAGUGGUGCUCUGGCUGUGCCCACUGCCACCCUCUCAAUGUCACCAAAGGUAG